GCCGUUGUAUGAGACUGCCAGCCGGCCGCCGGGAUGUGAAGGAUCCGCUGGAGAGGGGGAGGACCCACCAAGCUCCGCCAUGUUCCCUGGGCUGCUGCUUCACCUCGGCUUGUCUGGGCUCCCCGGCUGGGCAGCCGGCCAACGGGAUCGCAGGGGCGGGUGGCUGGCCCUCCUGAUUGGCCUCUGCCUGCCGCUGGGCAUCCAGUCAGCAACCUUCAAGAUCGGUGUCCUCGGGCCCUGGGCCUGUGACCCCAUCUUCUCCAGGGCCUUGCCUGACGCAGCGGCCAAGCUGGCAACCGAGCGGAUCAACAAGGACCCUUCCUUCAGCAGGGCUUAUUGGUUUGACUACAUCGUGCUGGACGAGGAGUGCCAGACCUCGAGAGCCCUGGCGGGCUUCGUCCGGCUGGAGCGUUACGCCUCAGCCUUUGUGGGGCCCCUGAAUCCUGGCUACUGCCUGGCCGCCGGGCUGCUGGCAGAGGGCUGGAACAAGCCCAUCUUCUCCUGGAACUGCCCGGGACUCGACGAGGACGGGACCCCCCCCACCUUCGCCGGGACCCUGCCCCCUGCCACCCAGGUGCUCUUCGCCGUCCUCAGGCACUUCCGCUGGGCCCGCGUCGCCGUGGUUACCUCGGGCCGGGAGCUGUGGGCCGAGACGGGCAGGGAGCUGGCAGACGCCCUGCGGCGGUGGGGGCUGUCGGUUCCCCUGGUCCUCACCAUGGAGACCAGUGCCCGCGGGGCCGCCAGUGUCCUGAGGCAGAUCGAGGAGGUCGGCAAAAUAAGAGCGGUGAUUCUGUGCAUGCACUCGGUGUUCCUCGGUGGCCAUGAGCAGCAGCUUCUGCUGGAGGAGGUGCGGAGGGAGCAGAUGGACGAUGGCAGCUACGUCUUCCUCCCGUACGACACCCUGCUCUACAGCCUGCCCUACCUCAAUGGCAGCCAGCCGGCGCUCGCGUCCAAUCCUCGGCUGCGCCAGUCCUACGACGCCGUGCUCACCGUCACCAUCGACUCCCAGGGCCGGGAGUUCCCCGAGGCGCUGGGGGAAGCUGUGGAGCGAGGCGAGGUCCAGAUCUCGGCGCAGAUGACGCAGGUGUCGCCGUUGUUUGGCACCAUUUACAACUCCAUGUUACUUCUGGCCAAGGCCACAGAGCUCGCCUACCGCAAGGCCAGGUGGGUGACAGGCCGGACGGUGGCCUGGCACACCAGUGAGAUCGAGCUGGACGGGUUCAACCAGAGGCUGCGGACCACCAAGGACGGGGAGGUCCUCGUUGACUACGUGGUGCUGGACACGGAUGGGACGGGGAGCAACCUCAAAGCCACGCACUCCAUCGACCUGGCCACGGGCAGCCUGAAGUCCCUCGACCACACCAUCCAUUUCCCGAGAGACCUGGCGCCCGGCACGGAUGCCAGCUGCUGGUUCGAUGUCAAGGAAGUCUGCGUCGGGGGAGUGGACGCUGCCUUUGUGAUGUUGAUCUUCGCCCUGGUGUCUGCUGUCAUUCUGGUUGUGGCAACGUUGGCUUACUACCUCAGGAAUUACAUCCAGAAGGUUUACCUCCUGAAAGGCUCCAACAAGCUUCUUCUAAACAUGGACGAUUUGGUGUUUAUCAAUGCACAACUCAGCCGGAAGAGACUCAACGGGGAGAACGAAUUAAGCGUCAGUGGUAAAAGUGUCUCCGACUUCAAAAGUACCAAGACUCCCAAGAACUCCAUUUCUGGUAAAAGUGCUAUGGUGCUAACUGCGGAGAACACGAACGUGGCCAUUUAUGAGGGAGACUGGGUGUGGCUGAAGAAGAUUACAGACGGGAACUUUGUCGAAAUCCGGUCAUCCACGAAGAUUGUUUUCACAAAAAUCCAGCAGAUGAGACACGAGAACGUGAAUCCUUUCCUCAGCCUGUUCUUCGACUGUGGCAUCCUGGCGAUUGUCACCGAGCACUGCUCCAGGGGUAGCCUGGAGGAUCUCAUCGCCAAUGUGGACAUGAAACUCGACUGGAUGUUCAAAUCCUCCCUCCUGCUCGACUUGGUCAAGGGCAUGAAGUUCCUCCACCACCGAGACCUGGUCCACGGACGGCUGAAGUCCCGGAACUGCGUGGUGGACGGCAGGUUUGUGCUGAAGAUCACAGAUUAUGGCUACAAUGAGCUGCUGGAGGUGCAGAAGGUCGCGUGGCUGACGCCCAGCCCAGAAGAUCGGCUGUGGACAGCACCGGAACUUCUCCGAGACCCCCGCCUGGAGAGAAAGGGCACUUUCCGGGGAGACGUCUACAGCUUCUCCAUCAUCAUGCAGGAACUGAUCGUGCGGGGCCCUCCCUUCUCCAUGCUGGAGCUGAGUCCCAGCGAUAUCGUGAAGAAAGUGCAGAAGCCGCCACCCCUGUGUCGGCCCUCCGUCUCGGUGGACCAGGCCCCCGUGGAGUGCGUGCAGAUCAUGAGGCAAUGCUGGAGUGAGCAGCCGGACAGGAGACCGACCUUUGAGCAAAUCUUCGACCAGUUCAAGAACCUCAACAAGGGCAAGAAGACCAACAUCAUCGACUCCAUGCUCCGGAUGUUGGAGCAGUAUUCCAGCAACCUGGAGGAUCUGAUCCGAGAGAGGACCGAGGAACUGGAGGUCGAGAAGCAGAAGACCGACCGGCUCCUGACGCAGAUGCUUCCGCCCUCUGUGGCCCAGGCGCUGAAGACAGGUGACCCUGUGGAGCCCGAGCAUUUCAAGCAGGUGACCAUCUACUUCAGCGACAUCGUUGGCUUCACCACCAUCUCUGCCAUGAGCGAUCCCAUCGAGGUCGUGGACCUUCUCAACGACCUCUACACUCUGUUCGACGCCAUCAUUGGCUCACAUGAUGUCUACAAGGUGGAGACGAUAGGAGACGCCUACAUGGUGGCGUCCGGGCUCCCCACACGCAACGAGAACAGGCACGCGGCGGAGAUCUCCAACAUGUCGCUGGACAUCCUCAGCAGCAUCGGCACGUUCAAGAUGCGGCACAUGCCAGACGUUCCGGUCCGGAUCCGGAUAGGACUACACUCAGGUCCUUGCGUGGCCGGAGUGGUGGGGCUGACGAUGCCCCGGUACUGCCUGUUCGGAGACACCGUCAAUACCGCCUCCCGCAUGGAGUCCACCGGACUGCCCUAUAGAAUCCACUUAAAUCAGAGUACGGUCAACAUUCUGAAAAGCCUGAACCUUGGCUACAAAAUAGAAUUGAGAGGGAAAACGGAGUUAAAGGGGAAAGGCGUAGAAGACACCUUCUGGCUGGUGGGACGUGAAGGGUUCAACAAACCGCUUCCCAUUCCUCCUGACCUCCUGCCUGGCGCCAGCAACCACGGCCUCAACCUCGACGAGGUGCCCCCCGAGAGGAGGCAGAAGCUGAUGAAGGCGAGAAACCCGAACUAGCAUGUGACCGUGAAGCAGGAAGGCGAGAGAUGACGGCCAGUGGUUGGGGCAAGCCCUUCUCCCGGUCAGCGCUGCUCUGCUGUCUCCUUCCCCCCUCCCUCCCC